GCUGGUAAAAUAAGUGUAUUCAUAGAUCAUGCCCAGUGAUUUCGCCAAUCAAAGUCAUUCAGCAUCAAACUGUCGCAAAAACCACGUGGCAAAAAUUGGUACGAACCACCGUUUCUUUUUCUCUAAAUAUGUACUGCUGGGCUCUCACACAGUGUACAACACCGACCGAGAGCAUGAACAGUACCGUGCUAUAUACAGGAGGAUGAAGCUGCUCCUUUAAGGAAUUUACACACGCUACCUGUGUGGACAUGCCAGGUGUGCUUAUCGGGAAGUAAGAAACGAGGCACAGUUCAGAUUUCGCUACAUGUAUUUUUAUUGUUUUAAGUUGAAGAAUGAAACUGAUGACAUUAUUCGGAUAACAUUGCACUUCCAGGAUUUUGUUGUUUUGAACUGAGUAAAAGUGAAAGUAAAUCUCUCGGGAAGCCAUGUGCUGAGAGUCACUCUGAAGAAAUGGCGGCCAGGUCCUCUGGGCUGGAAGUGGAGCUCAGCUGUCCUGUGUGCUACGAAAUCUACAGGGAUCCUGUGGUCCUGAAGUGCGGCCACAGCUUCUGUAAAGUCUGUCUACAGCAGUACUGGGGAGAUAAGGACUCUCAGGAAUGUCCUGUUUGCAGGAGAAGGUCUUCAAUGGAUCGUCCUCUCCCUAAUCUGGUCCUGAAGAAUACAUGUGAGGCUUUCUUACAGGACAGAGCCCAAAGAUCUGCAGCAGCUUCCGAAGGUCACUGCCAUCUGCAUAUUGAAAAACCCAAGCUCUCCUGUGUGGACGAUCAGACCUCAGCGAGACAUGAAAAUCAGAAACUGCGACCCCUAGAGGAAGCAGCAGAAAAGCACAAGGAGGAUCUUAAGUCUGCACUGAAACCUCUGCAGGAGAAGCUGGAAGCUUGGAAUAAAGUACAACAGACCUGGAACAAAACAGCAGAACACAUCAGGACUCAAGCCCAGAACACAGAGAGACUGAUAAAGGGGGAGUUUGAGAAACUUCACCAGUUCCUAAAGGAUGAAGAGGCGGCCAGGAUAUCUGCACUGAGGGAGGAAGAGGAGCAGAAGAGUCACAUGAUAAAGGAGAAGAUUGAGAAGAUCACAAACGAGAUAUCAUGCCUCUCAGAAACCAUCAGAGCCUUAGAACAGGAGCUGGGAGCUGAAGACGUCUCAUUCCUACUGAAAUAUAAGGAAACACAGAGAAGAGCCCAGUGCCCAGUGCGGGAUCCAGAGGUGGUCAAAGGAGCCCUGAUUGAUGUGGCCAAACACCUGGGCAACCUGAGCUACAGGGUGUGGGAGAAGAUGCUGGAGAAGAACGAGAUUAAAUACACUCCUGUAAUUCUGGACCCGAACACAGCACACAGAAAUCUAAUGUUGGCAAAGGACCUGAAAAGCGUCACAUAUGGUGAUGUCAGACAGGAACUGCCUGAUCCCCCAGGGAGGUUUGAUGUGUGGAGGGGCAUCCUGGGAUCUGAGGGAUUCAGCUCAGGGAAACACUGCUGGGAUGUAGAAGUGGGGGACGGAACACGCUGGAACUUGGGUGUGGUUAGAGAGUCCAUCAACAGAAAGGGGCUUUUCCCUCUGAUGCCAGAAGGGGGCGUAUGGAGUAUAGAGCUGCAUAAAGGUAAAUACAGAACAACGACCUUACCACAUACCCCUCUGUCUGUGGGGAGGAAACCCCAGAGGAUCAGAGUGCAGCUGGACUGGGACGGGGGAGAGCUGUCAUUCUCUGAUCCCUGUAACAACAGUCCUCUCUACACCUUUAAACACACUUUCACUGAGAGGCUGUUUCCAUUCUUCUGUACUGGCGAUAACAAGGUUCCUCUGAAAAUCUGCCCAAUGUAUGUUUCCGUUACAGUGGCAGCAGUGAAUCUCUGAGUGACAAAUAUCGUCUGUUCAGUUACUCAAAAUUAUCUAUCAUUUUUUGUUUUCAUUUGUCACCAAGGAAGCGUAGUAUGAGUAAUUAUGGGUCAAUUUCUGUCAAUUUUAUAACUCAUAUUAUUUUUAUUGGAAAUGAGCUGUUUACUAUAUAUUUUAUAUGCAGGAUUUAUAAAUAAAGGAGAAUAAUUCUGAUCCAGAACACAGGCAGUAUAGUACAGUACGGUACAUUCUACAGGGGGAUGGUUCUGAACCAAAACGCAGGCACUAUAGUACAGUACGGUACAUUCUACAGGGGGAUGGUUCUGAACCCGAACACAGGCAGUAUAGUACAGUACAGUACAUUCUACAUGGGGGUGGUUCUGAACCCGAACACAGGCAGUAUAGUACAGUACGGUACAUUCUACACGGGGUGGUUCUGAACCCGAACACAGACAGUAUAGUACAGUAUGGUACAUUCUACAUGGGGGUGGUUCUGAACCCGAACACAGGCAGUAUAGUACAGUAUGGUACAUUCUACACGGGGUGGUUCUGAACCCGAACACAGGCAGUAUAGUACAGUACGGUACAUUCUACACGGGGGUGGUUCUGAACCCGAACACAGGCAGUAUAGUACAGUACGGUACAUUCUACACGGGGUGGUUCUGAACCCGAACACAGGCAGUAUAGUACAGUACGGUACAUUCUACACGGGGGUGGUUCUGAACCCGAACACAGGCAGUAUAGUACAGUACGGUACAUUCUACACGGGGUGGUUCUGAACCCGAACACAGGCAGUAUAGUACAGUAUGGUACAUUCUACACGGGGUGGUUCUGAACCCGAACACAGGCAGUAUAGUACAGUACGGUACAUUCUACACGGGGUGGUUCUGAACCCGAACACAGACAGUAUAGUACAGUAUGGUACAUUCUACAUGGGGGUGGUUCUGAACCCGAACACAGGCAGUAUAGUACAGUACGGUACAUUCUACACGGGGUGGUUCUGAACCCGAACACAGGCAGUAUAGUACAGUAUGGUACAUUCUACACGGGGUGGUUCUGAACCCGAACACAGGCAGUAUAGUACAGUACGGUACAU